AUGUGGCGUGGUGACGUCAUCACACGCAAAUUGACGCGCGGCGUCAUCAAGCGACAUUUGGAGACUUUUCAGGAGGUUUUAGCUAAUUUCCAUUGAAAGUAGUUGGCAACAGUGGACUCGUGGUUCCAUUAGCAUUCCUAGCUAACAAACUGGUUGGGGGACGCGGUGUGGAGGAAGAAGGCGUCUUGUGGUCAGAAAGAUUUCGGCGACUUCAAAUAUCCCCAGCUAAUCCUUAUCCUCCAUGCUGUCCGAGAAAGGAAGAUAACGUUAAUAACACUGCACUGCCACUCAAUUAGUUACCGUUCAAGACAGAUAACGGGGGGACGGGACGGCAUUUUGAAUCUUCUGCUGAGAUACGAUUUCUGUUUUGAAUAUUAAGGCUAUAGUUGCAGCCUGGAGUAGCGUUACUUCUUGUAAGAAUGAGGUUACCGAGUAAGAGACAAUGUUCGAUGGAAGGUAAUGAAAAGAAGAUGGACCAAGCUCCUCCGUUCAGAAACCCGUUUGUGCACGUCUUGAAAUUCACCCCCCUGCAAAAGGCAAAGAUUGCGUUGAUGACGGUCACGCUGUUCCCCAUCCGUCUAUUUGUUGCUGCAUUCAUGAUGCUGCUGGCCUGGCCUUUUGCCUUCCUGGCCUCAGCAGGACGCUCUGAGACUGCAGUUGAACCCCAGUGCCUCUGGAGGAGGGUGGUGGACAUAAUUCUUAAGAUCAUCAUGCGGACCAUGUGGUUUGCAGGAGGCUUCCACUGGAUGACUGUGAAAGGGCAAAGGGCACUGCCUACAGAAGCACCCAUUCUCACCCUGGCACCCCACUCUUCUUUCUUUGACGCCAUCCCAGUCACGAUGACAAUGGCUUCAAUUGUCAUGAAGGCAGAGAGCAAGGAUAUACCUGUGUGGGGCACUUUGAUUAAGUACAUCAGGCCAGUGUUUGUAUCACGGUCAGAUCAAGACUCCAGAAGGAAGACCGUGGAGGAAAUUAAACGCCGAGCCCACUCUGGAGGGGAAUGGCCUCAGAUAAUGAUUUUUCCAGAGGGAACAUGCACCAACAGAUCCUGCCUAAUCACCUUUAAGCCAGGAGCCUUCAUCCCAGCAGUACCAGUUCAGCCUGUGGUGAUUCGUUACCCUAAUAAGCUGGACUCAAUCACAUGGACGUGGCAAGGGCCUAGAGCGUUUAAAAUCCUGUGGCUGACCCUCUGCCAGUUGCACAACGAGUUUGUGAUCGAGUUCCUUCCUAUCUACACCCCCUCAGAAGAGGAGAAAAAGAACCCUGCUCUCUUUGCUAUCAAUGUGAGACGUGUCAUGGCUAAAGCACUUGGGGUGCCCAUCACAGACUAUUCAUUUGAAGACUGCCAGCUAGCCAUGGCAGAGGGCCAGCUGAGACUACCAGUCGACACCUGUCUUCUGGAGUUUGCCAAGCUCAUCAGGAGGCUGGGGCUAAAACCUCGGAACUCUGAGAAGGUUCUGCAGGAGUACGGGAACAGAGCCAGGAAGCUGGAGGGGCAGAAGCUGGCCUUGGUUGACUUUGCUCAGUUCCUCGAUGUGCCAGUUUCAGACAUGCUGCAAGAUAUGUUUGCUCUUUUUGAUGAGCAUGAAGAAAACUACAUGGAUAUCAGAGAAUAUGUGAUAGCCUUAUCUGUCGUAUGCAGACCUGCUAGAACUCUUGAAACGAUGAAAUUGGCCUUCAAGAUGUUUGAGGCAGAGGAGGAUGGAGCCAUCACACAGGUGGAGUUGGCAGUUAUACUGAAGACAGCUUUAGGAGUGACCGAACUGAGCGUGUCACGUCUGUUUACAGCCGUUGACGGUGAAAAGACGGGGAAGAUCACCUUUGACAAGUUCAGAAACUUUGUGGAGCAGCACACAGACUUUGCUGAGGAGUACCUGUACACAGAAAAUGUAGGCCUCCACAGCGUUCCCUACCACGGUCACCAAACGGAGCCCAGCCUGUCUUCUCUGAACCCACAAGGCACUGCCAGCACCAAAGCAGCUAACGGUAUCUGCCCCGACUUCAGCCCCGCUGAAGGCACAAUAGACGGACUUCUCAAAAAACACAACUAAAAGGGUUUAGAAUGUAGUGGGAGGAAGCUAACACAUCUCCUGGUGAGACAGUGUUGUGUAAGGAACAGAGAUGUUAGUAGUUGGUAGCUUGUUUGAACAGUAAGGGACUACAUUUUAUUAAGUACAACUUCAAAAAUGAAAAUAUUUAGUAUUGUGUACAUUUUCUAAAGUUAUUUUCAGCCUGGUAACAGUUUAUUUUGUUAUAAAUUCCUUUUUUAUUUUGUUUUAUUUUAAUUUUUGUAGCAAGGGUGAUCAAAAUGCCAAACAGUGGCUGUUUCAGAUAAAGAGAUCGAACAGUUAAAGUGCAAGGACUUCAUAAAAUUCCACGGGCAAAUGCUUUUUUAUUUUAUUUUAUUUUUCUCUUCCCUCUAACAUAGUACUGACUGUGCAUGUUUUUAAAAAGAGGGAAGCAAGAAAAACAAGCCCUGGACAGUGGAAUGAACUCUCUUUUAGUGAAAUCAGUGUUAGAUUUUCUUUUUAUUUGUUACCUCAACUAUUUUCUCUCUUUAAUGGUAGUUGCCUUUUUAACUGAGUGCAGAACACAUGGGCUCAUGUAUUUUUUGAUCAGGUUUGAGUAAUAUUUAAUGAAGGGCCCGAGGGUACCAGUGACAAUUGUUUGACUGCUUGAAGCUUUCAGCUUUAGUAGCCACGUUUGAGGUGAACCCGGGUAUCUGCAAGUUGAUGGUCAUAAUUCAUAGGAGCCUGUUACACACACGGUGAUAUAUUUGAUUUAGCUCAGGGUUCAGUGACAAAAAUUAAAACUUUUACCUGUAUGAUGUCAUCAUUGUUGAUGCUCACUGGGUUGUGUGCAUGUUUUAUUUUCUUUCAUUAGUACUCUUCUGGCCAGUCAUUCACCACACACAUUACCUUUACCAGUUACUUUCUUUCAGGUUGGCAGAUUCAGGUGUCUUUUUAAUUGCUUAAAUUACAUAAUGUGGACCAAAAAAAAUGCACUAUAGUAGGUGAUUUAAAUCAUUCUUAGUCAGUGGUGUAAUGGCUUUAAGGGGAAAAAUCACUGCACGUGACCACCAAAAACACAUUUAGUUCAGUGGCUAGGUUGUUUUUUUCAAAAGCAUCCCUUUCUGCGUUACACUGCUAUACAGUUGUAAUUAUUCCAUCUAUUUUCACAGCAUCCCUCCUUAGUCAGCUGUACAUUUGAGCGCCAUACCAUGCUAAUAUUCUGAGGGGUUCGUGGAGGGAUCGGUCUGCAAUAGGAAAAUAUCUCCCUGUAGGAAUAAUUACUGUACGUGUUAUUUUCAAGUUUUUACUAGAGAUGAUGGCACUAAAAUGUGUUGAUGGAGCUUCCAUGAAAUUAUAGGCCAGAUGGACCUACACUAUUAAAAUGUGUUUAAGAUUACACAUUCCAUCUUAAGAUCUUGAAUAAUCUUUAAAGUCUGGGUAAAGUAGAAAUAAAUGUGAUCUGAGUUUGUCACUCCACAGGAAAAUGUGUUAUCCACCCAGCCAAAUGUUUAAAAUAUUGGCAGGUAUUUAAAAUCAGCUUUCAAAGUCGUGAAAAAAAUAGGGAGCAUUCUCUGCUCUGUAAUGCUGGGGGCGUGCUGGGUGAAGACACUGAAACUGCCCAAUCACGGAAAUGUUCCCCCUACUCUCAUCAUGCAUGUAUUAAGGGAGAACAUAUAGGAAAGAUCCAUUUGUGGGUCAAAGGCAUAGCUAGCUAGCAAACUGUAGGCUGUAGCAGGUGUAGUAACUCACACUCAACAAGGAGAGCUGGUGCUACUGCGCUAGGGAUAUACAGGAGCAUUUUAUCAAAAACCACUGAGUAGUGGAAAAUGUGUUUGUAUUUAUGGAGCCGCUUCUCCUUUGUGUUGGUUUGAAUGAGAGCGGGCGGUGCUUAGCUCCUACACAUGGAGUAGAUGGCUGCUGUCACCCCAGUGGAUACUGGGAGCCCAGGAGAAGUGUAAGUGAAACAGCUAAAGUUUGCAGUACCUAUGCAUGGUGCCAUAAGUGCAGUAAAGCCUUCGAGUAAAAAGCCAAUGGGAGUAAUUCAACGAAACACCUGCUAAACAAGCAAAACUUGCAGAGAAGCCUCAAUUCCAGCUUUGCCCACAGUCUGGAUGCUUGUUAGGCUAACCGCUAAUAACUAGCUUGGUGCUCUGUCCAGUGCAGCAGCUGCACAGUCCACGGUGUGGCCAUUAACUCCCUCCAUCAACUACAGUUGGUUUGGAUCCACUCUGCCACAUUCACCGUUCAUGCAUUGCUACUUUUGAUACUGUGUAAUGCUGAGGCAGCAGCAUUAAUGGUAUUUCCCUAUAAAAAUAAAAAUUAGUGUUGGGGGUAGGUGUUACAUUAAGGAUGGCCCCAGUGCUUCAUCGAGCCGAACUUUCUGCCCUGUUUGAAAAACUCAGACUGAACUCAGAAAUGAUGAACAACUGUUUAACGGUCUUACUACAUAGUUCUCGGUCUUGUCACUUAUUUUCAGCAACUGUUUUCUGACAUAUAUAAAUGUGUUUAGAAACAAAUCACUGAUUUUGCUUUACCCGACUUUAAAUUAUUGUUUUUGGACACAGUUACUUUGAUUAGUACUGGCUUAGUAAUUCUUCCACGACGUUCUGUCCGGUGCAGGGAACACCUUGCCUGAGUAGAUUCAUGGUAAUUUAUGGAUAUCACAUGAGGACCUACAACAUUAUUUAAUUUUAGUUCUGUAAAUUCAAGAGUAAACAUCAGUGUCAGUGAGCAUGUGGCUCAAUCAUGUGAUUCCCAUCACACUCGUGCCCAGGCGUACUGUACAUGCAUCCCUGUUAUGGCUUUCAGUGAAGCAAUAUUUUACAUCUUUCACCUUUUACAUCUCGUUUUACAGCUUUUCAAGAUUUAUGUUCUAAAGAGUUCUGAUAUGUAUUUUGAAUAUUCCAAAUGCAGGACAUUUUGUGAAUUUUUGAUAUACGUAUAUGAAUGAUUUUUGUUUUGUGUUAUGAUAGAGAUCUGUGAUCUUCUCUCCUCUGCAGAUUGUACUGAAGUGGAAAAUGAGCCAUUUUUUCUUUUGUAUAAUACUGCACUUGUUUGCUAUAUUUCUCCUACACAGCAUAAAGUUUAGUUAUAUUAUUACUAUAAUCACUGAGUUGACUGCUUAGAAACAAAAUGAGGAUUUUAUAUGGAAACUGAUAGCCUUGAAUCUAUAGAAUUUUUACUCCAGAAAAGAGAAUGUAUAGACAAUCUUGUCACAAACAGAAGCUACUCAAAGCCGAUUUCCAGUUGACAUUUUCCUAAGCAAUCAUGGUUUUCAAAGAUACACCUUUAGUCCUGUUUGAACCAUUUCUCCAUUAACUUGUAUGUUUGAGGCAUGCAGAUUCAACUAUCAAAGUGUGAGUGUGUAGGUGUGUCUGGCCUUGAGGUGAUAUCUGCCACCACAUGACGGGCUGCAUCGCACAAACCCCUCAGACUGUACGCACUUAUAAACCAACAUUUGCCCCCAUUAUAAAAAUGUAUUUGUGCUUGCACUUUAGACAGUUUUCUUUUUUCAAAGAAAUAUCACAUUGCUGUAAAGCAUGAAAGUUUGUAGGUUACAGUAUUGCAGCUCAGUUUUGUUAAUAUGAAUAGUUUUUGCAUUCAUAUAUUUGAUAAUGUGAGCACAGAGGGAAUUAGGGAUAACAAAGGAAGCUGUCUUGUGUCCCACAUUCGUUUUUGUAUCAUGAAAGAGUUCGGUUUGUUUAAGCAUCGAAAUCUCUUUGUAGGCCUACUCUUCUGCUUUGUCUCAGGGUCGCUGAAAUUUUGUAGCCUGAACACGACUUGGUAAGCUUGUAGGACUUGGUAACAUUGUACACAUUUGAAUGACUUAAACUGUCUGCACCGUGAAUGAAUAUUACAUGUACCCCAAAGUUAUGUGAUUUUACAGCAGGUGGUUAAUUACACAGUUUAUAUGAAGGAAGCCAUACUGAUUGUGUACAUAUGUGGGGAAUCUGAUUGUAAGUUACAACUGAAGCAAAGAAUUGGUAUUGUAAGGCGUGACUCACCAUGAAAGGCAUUGGGCCACAGUAACCCUCUUGCAGUUUUUUUUUAAACAAAAUUCAACUUCAAGGUAUAAAGGAUAUACUUCAUAAAUAAAUGCAAUAUGCACAUGAAUAGAUAUAUUCAAUAUUUACUCCAGAAAAUUCUGCAUUGGGGAUGUAUGAAAAUACUGCGUCCAGUUCUUCUCACACUUGUUCCAGUUCCCUUUAUUUCAUGUACUUCAGGUGGAGGUAAAUCCACACUUUGCCCUCAAUCUGAGAAAAUGUACACUGGCAAGAGAUAAACAUGUAUUUAUGCUGCUGCUGCUUGCUUCUCAGUUGGUCCAGCGGUGAGCCUAAGAUGAAGGACUUGACUACUCUUGUGGUACGAUAUUGUCUUUCUGAUGGUUUAUUGUCCAUGGACCAAGAAACUAAACUCUGUAGCUUGACUUGGUUUUUUUCUUUUUUUUAAUACUCAACAUCUUUUAAUGCAUUUUGAUGAUGAGGAGUCAUUACUGCAAGCUACUUUGAAUUUCGUCUGUUCAGGACUGCUAUGAUUAUAACUUGUUGAUGUGACUCUUGGACUUAAUAAAAAAAAAAAA